AUGCCCCUGCUGGUUAGCCACCGUGUAAAGUCGUUCUGCCUUCUCGCGCAAUCUUUCUUUCGGUCAAAAUCGGCCACCAGCAGGCGCUCGCCUGCGCAACCGGCGCCCGGUGCGAGGCAGUGCUGGGAGACGGACGACGCCUGCAUGUGGGUGCACGCUCCGUCAGGCGAGUCGUGGUUCGAGUACCGCCUGGUUGCGUACAUAGACUUUCCGCUGCGACAUUGCUUGGUGCCUCUGCACGAGCGGGACCUGAUCAUCAAGUAUCAGCCCGUCUUCACGGAGCCCCACCGCGAGAUCGGACCGCAGGGAAAGCAUUAUGCGGUGGUGCGGACGCUCAGCAAGAUCUUGGCGUUCUACAUAGAGAUGGGGCUGCGCGCGUCUGCACGUCGAAGUCCCCCCGGCCUGGACGCAGCGGUGUCCCCCAGGCGGCCUCCAAGGGCCUCCAGGCCCGCGAGCACCUCCUCCGUAACGUCCGGCGCCUCGAGAAGAGUCGAGGCGGUCGGUUUGUAG